GAAAUGAAAAUUCUUGACUGUCCACUGCUGUCGGUGAAUGUGCGCGUUUGGCGGUUCUGGUCGUUCGUGCUGGUGCACAACUGGCGUCGCUACAUCAGCAUCAUUCCCGUGACGGUGCUGAACGUGUUUAUGUUUGCCGAUCUGUACCGAGCGUGGGGCAACAUCGAGGAGGUCAUUAUUAAUGCUUAUUUUGCGGUACUCUAUUUCAACGCUGUGCUGCGAACGCUCAUACUUGUUUACAAUCGAGAUAAGUAUGAAUCCUUUCUGGCCGGCGCUGCCGGUGUCUAUGAGGAAAUAUGCGCACUCAACGACGAAGUUAUCACCAAGCUGGUCACCACCUACACCAAGCGUGCCCGCUUCUUAUCGAUCUCCAAUCUAGCACUCGGUGCCUUCAUCAGUGGUUGCUUUGUUGUGUACCCAUUGUUUACCGGCCAACGGGGACUACCGUACGGCAUGUUCAUACCGGGUGUGAACAACUUUAACUCUCCGCAGUACGAAAUAUUUUACCUCACCCAGCUGGUGCUCACAUUUCCCGGGUGCUGCAUGUACAUCCCCUACACCAGCUUCUUCACAUCGAGCACACUGUUCGGGUUGGUGCAGAUAAAAACAUUGCAGCAUCAGCUGCGAAACUUCCGAACGGAAAAUCUUGCCGAAAGAACGACGGCGCUGAACCGCAAGCUGCAGAAGCUGAUCGAAGAUCAUAAACGCAUAAUACGCUAUGUUCAAGACCUAAACGACCUGGUGACUUACAUCUGUUUGAUAGAGUUCCUCUCUUUUGGUUUAAUGCUUUGUGCCUUACUCUUCUUGCUGAACAUCAUCAGUGUGAUGGCACAAAUCGUUAUCGUCGGUGCGUACAUAUUCAUGAUCCUUACGCAAAUAUUCGCCUUCUACUGGCACUCGAACGAGGUGCGGGAGGAAAGUAUGGCUAUAGCGGAGGCUGCCUACAGUGGACCAUGGCUGAAUGUGAACGAUGCUAUAAAAAAGAAGCUGCUGCUGAUAAUUAUCCGUGCUCAGCGACCACUUGAGAUAACAGUUGGCAACGUUUAUCCGAUGACGCUGGAAAUGUUUCAAUCGCUGCUAAAUGCUUCCUAUUCCUACUUUACACUAUUGAGAAGGGUGUACAAUUGA